UCCCAUUUCGUCCGCAGCCUCCCCGACGAAUCUGAAACCCUAGUUUUCGGAGCUUCUCCAAACCCUAACAAUGGCGGAAGGUCUCGUUCUCAAGGGCACGAUGCGUGCACACACCGAUGAGGUCACCGCCAUCGCCACGCCUAUCGAUAACGCCGACAUCAUCGUUUCCUCAUCCCGUGACAAGUCAAUCGUUCUCUGGAAACUCACCAAGGACGAAAAAGCCUACGGUGUUCCUCAGAGGCGUCUCACAGGACACUCUCACUUUGUCCAGGACGUUGUUCUCUCCUCCGAUGGCCAAUUCGCGCUUUCCGGAAGUUGGGACGGCGAGCUUCGCCUCUGGGAUCUCGCCACUGGUACCUCCACCCGCCGUUUCGUCGGACACACCAAGGACGUCAUAUCCGUCGCGUUCUCCAUCGACAACCGUCAGAUCGUAUCAGCGUCGCGCGACCGUUCGAUCAAACUAUGGAACACCCUCGGGGAGUGCAAGUACACGAUCGCUGAGGGAGCUGGCGAGGGACAUCGUGACUGGGUGAGCUGUGUCAGGUUCAGUCCGAACACGCUUCAGCCCACCAUUGUCUCGGCAUCGUGGGACAAGACCGUGAAGGUCUGGAACCUCUUGAACUGCAAGCUCCGUUCGACCCUUGUCGGACACACUGGGUAUGUCAGCACGGUGGCUGUAUCGCCGGAUGGUUCCCUCUGCGCAAGUGGAGGCAAAGACGGUGUGAUCCUGCUUUGGGACUUAGCCGAAGGGAAGAAGCUGUACUCGCUUGAAGCUGGUGCUGUGAUCCACGCGCUCUGCUUCAGCCCGAACAGGUACUGGCUCUGUGCUGCGACCGAGCAGAGCAUUAAGAUCUGGGAUCUUGAGAGCAAGAGCAUUGUCGAGGACUUGAAGGUUGAUCUCAAGGCUGAAGCAGAGAAGUCCGAUGGAGCUGGUGCCACAGCCAACAAGAAGAAGGUUAUCUACUGCACAAGCCUGAACUGGAGCGCAGACGGGAACACCCUGUUCAGUGGUUACACCGAUGGCGUUAUCCGAGUUUGGGGCAUCGGCCGUUACUAGGAUUCCGUUUAGUAAUAUCUCGUCUUCACUGCCUUUCCCUCCUUUUGUUUUGUUUUUGGCUGUUUUGAGAAUCUGGUAAGCAUCUCAUCUAUUACAGAUUUUGUUGGUCUUGGUCUUACAUUUGUAGUCUUCUUCUAUUUUAGUUUUGUGUUUGGUUUUGGUUUU